AUGUCUAUCGCAUCACAACUUAAUACCUUUGUUCCAACUGUUAACACUUCUCAUAUUGUAUCCUUUAUUUAUGACAAUAAUAAGGCUAAAUUUAUUGAUAGAUAUACAUUACAUCGAGGGGCAUUAGACUCAUUAAACCAUUUAUUUAAAAACCAUGAAUUGUUAAGUGAAUGGAAAGCAUCAUUAUUUGGAGAUGAAUCAGAGCAAUGUAAUAGAGAUAUGUUAACAGAUACUCAAAAUAAAGAAUUAUCAAAAAAAAUAUCAAAUUUCUUACCUUAUUUAAGUCAACAUUUCUUAAAUCCAGAAUGUGGGCCAAUCAUUGAAUACAUGAUUCGUGUUUAUUCCAUUAAUAUACUUGGAGCUAAUGAAUUAAUUCUUUCGUUCUUAUCUCAUUAUCAAAACCCAUUAUUCAUUCGUUUAUUAUCUUUAUGUAAGCCAACAAUAUUUACUAAUUUUAUUAAUUUAGAUAGAAUUAGUAGAAGAGAUUUUGUUAUUCAUUUGACUCAAUUCCCAACUACACUUUCAGCUUUAAUUAAUUUUUAUAUAGACCAUCCUAUUCUUAUUCAUAAUGCUCGUUAUAGUACUUUUAUUUGUACUUUAUUAAUUAGUAUUGCUCAACAACAAAUUAUAUCUGAAGUUGUUUUAACCACAUUACUUUCUGUUGUUCUUCAAUUAAUUAAAUCAGAUUCUCCAAAACUUACAGUUGUUGCACUUUCAUUAUCUUCACAAAUUCUUUCAUUAUAUGGUACAUUUAUUCCUGAAAGAGAUAAUGUUUUACAAACAUUAUAUAUUCUUGAUUUAUAUCUUAAAUAUUUUUCAAAUUUAGAGGAAUUAUUUAUUUUAAAAGAUAUUUAUGAAUCAAUUGGAAGUAAAUUAGAAUCAACACUUUCUAAAACUGAUAUUACUUUUAGUGAAUUAAAUUCAUUAUAUAAUACUAUCAUAAUUAUUUUUGGUCAAUAUAUGGAAGUAACUAAAUUAAAAGAAUUAGAAUGUGGUAAAAAGAGUUGUGAAUUUUUAUUGUCAGUAUUAUUAUCUUUAUACAGACAAAAUCCUACAAUUAGAAUUAAAACAUCAAUGAUUGAAAUACUAGUUUUAUUAUUUGAUACAAUACAAUUUAAAAAUCUUGGGUAUAAAAAUAAUAUAUCAUAUAAUGAAAUGUUAACUAAUAUACUCAUCGACUCUCUUAAAGAACAAAGUAAUUACAGUUCAUGUAUUAUAAGUUUAUUCGUUGAAUUAGUUCAAGGAGAUUGUUUCCAAUAUAUUGAAUAUCUUAAAUUAUUACCAUUUAAUAUUGCCUUAAAUUCUUAUAACAAAAGUGAAAAAACUAAAGAAGAAACUCUUAAAGGAUUAAUUGGAACUACUCACUACAUUUCAUUUUUAAAUACAAUUAAAUCUAAUUUAUCAGAAAAAGAAAAAACAGUUAUUAUUCAACAACACUUUAUUUAUGUUAUUAAAGAAUUAAUGAAAGAAAGUUCAAAAGAAAGAAUGUAUGGAUUUGAUUGUUUAAAUGAAAUCGGUAAACUUGCAAAAGGAUAUAAAGAAAAUAAUAUUAUAAUUAGUGGAAACAAAACAUUAAAAUUUGAAUAUUAUUUGAAUUAUAUCACUGCUGUACAACAAUCAAAAAUUGAGUUAACAUCAUCAAGUAAUUUUAUUACUACAUUUAAUAAUGUUUAUUUGAAUAAAAUUAAUGAAAAACAUAGAGGAUUAUUUGUUGAUCAUGUUAUUGAUGUAAUUAACAAAGACCAUUUAUUACCAUCACAAGAAAAAAUGAAUGUGUUAAUGUCAUUUGGAAUGAGAAGUGUUGAUAAUAUUGUUGGAAUUAUGAAAAUGUUAAAUGAUUCUGAUGAAUUAUAUGAUAGUCACUUUGAACAAAAAGUAUUAAGUGAAGUAAUAAAAUCAAUUGUACAAAUUAAAUAUGUUGGAGCAUUUGUUGGAAAUAAACAAUUAUUUGAUACGUUUAAAGAAAUUAUUCAAAUGAGUAAUGGAGAAAAUGUAGUAUUGAUUUGUUCAUUAAUGAAUGAAGAGAUGUGGGGAAUGAUGGAUGAUAUUCAUCAGGAAGAACUCCUUAGAAUCUUAGCUGUCGAACAUAAAGAUAAAAGGUCUCAAGUUAUUAAUAAAUUAAAUAGAAUGCUUAAAAUAACUCCAUUUGAUUUAGUCAAUAAAAUUGUUAUGAAAAUUAUAACAAUGAUUAAUACAAAAGAACCAAUUCAAAAUAAACAAUUAAAGAAAGUGCCAUCUAUUGUUAUUGAAACAACAUCAAUAAAUGAAAACAAUGAAAAAAAAAUGGAAGAAGAAAUUAUUGAAAAUGAUAACCAAGGAAAAGAAGAUAAAGUCAUUAUGAAUGAAUUACAAUUUAUGGUAUUUGUUUUUGAAUCAUUUUUCAAAGUGCACAAAGGGUCAUUGAAUAAUAUUAACUUUGAAGAUAAUGAAUUUAAUAAAACAUUUAGUGAAAGCAUUAAAAAUAUUUCUCAAUUAAUACAAAUUACUAUUAAAUUACCACAGUGUUAUCAUACAGAUUAUCUUAUUAAUAUUGAAAUGAAUAGUUUAAUAUAUACAGUUGGAUUUGUUUCAAAAUACCUCACAUUUAUUUCUACAGCUAAACCCAUUGAACAACCAAGAAAAAAAGGAGUUAUUAUUGUAAGAUCAAAGCAUGAUACAUUCCAAAAUAAAAUUAAAAAAAUGACUGAAGAUCUCGCAUCAAGUAUUCAAGUUUUAACUGUUAUAGAUGUUAUUUAUGAAGUUAUUGAAACAUUUGGAAUGACUCCAGCUAUUUAUAAUGGAGCUAUCACAGUACUAUCACAAAUGAUUGCAUUAUUCCCAACACUAUUUGUUGAACAUUCAGAUAGAUUUGUCAGAGCUUUAUCUAAAGAAGAAAUUGUAGGAAUUGUUGUACAAAAAUUAAUCCCACAUGUAAUAUCUUCUAUUAGUUCAGCACAAGGACUUCCAGCAACAUCAAUUGUAGAAUUACUAUCAAUGAUAGUUGAUAAUUAUAAUCAAUUACCAUAUCACAGAAGAAGGGAAAUCUUUUUGCAAUUGUUUAAAGAAAGUAAAUUAUCAGAAGAACAUCUUUCUGGAGUAAUAGUGUUAUUAAUAGAAAAUGAAGCAGAUAAUGUUUUACCAUUUGUUUAUGAUGUUUUCAGAGAAUUAAAUAAUGACAAAGUAAUUAAAUUACUUGCUUGUAUUAUCGAAGAUUCUUGUCAAUUAUUACAAGAUAAUAGAGAAGGUGUAUUUGCUGGAUAUCAACUAAAAAUAACAAAGAAAAAAGAAGUGGCUCAUUUAUGUAUUGAUUUUGUAAAUGGACAAAUUACCAAAAGAGAGUUUAUUGCUAAGUGUAUGAAAACUACUGAAGAUGUUAAUAUUCAACAAAGUUAUACUAUUCUUUUCAAACAAGUUAUUGAAAUGUUAAAUAAAUUUGAUUGUACUGAUGAAAAUGAUUCUAAUACUAUUUUUGCAGAUAAAUUACAUGAUAUGGUAGAUAAUAUCUCUGAUUUGUUUAGUAUAACUACACUCAUUAGGGCUGUGGUUUUCUUGUUAAAACAAUCAAGUAUUCGUGUUAAAAGAACAGCAUUACUUAUUUUAAAUCAAAAACUAACUGCACUAACACCAGAAGAAAUGAGUAUGUAUGAAGCAAGUUUCUUAAAUGCUGAAAAUGGACUUAUUCAUGUUGUUAUUAAAAUUCUUGAAAAUGUAGAUAAAUUAAAUCCAAGUAGUGUAGAUAAUGAUGCAGAACAAGCAACUAUUCAAACAGGAGUUUUGUUAUUAGAAAUUUUAUUAAGAUUUUAUGGAGCACAACAUACUUCUAUAUUUAUGGACUUAUUAAAUUAUGUAUUAAAAUGUAUUCAAAUCAAAAACACUCUCAAAAAUAUUAAGAUUGUUGCUUCUGCUUUAUUAUGUCUUAGUAUAUAUGCUGCUGAAUUAAAAACAUCAUUAAUGCCACAAUUACCACAAUUAAUUCCAAUGUUCUUUGAUUUAUUGCCACAUGGUGGAGAUGAAGAUAGUGUUAAUAGUUUAAUUAACUCAGUAAUAUCUUGUAUGAUGAGUUUCACUAAGUCAUAUGGAAAUAUUGUACACCCAUAUAUUAACUCUUUUAUUCCAUUAAUAUUAGAUUCAGAGUACACUUCAAAUCCAAUUGUUUAUCCAUUUAUUAUGGAAUUUAUGGGAGUUGUUGGAUCUUCAAUAGAAUUUAGAUUAGUUAUGUCAUUAGUCUCUUCUAAUUUUAAGAACAAAAAAUUACAAAAUGAUACUUCCCUUGCUGCUUUGUUUGGAUUAUUAUCAAAGAGCUUAAAUGAAAACCAAACGUCGAUCUCUCAAAUGAGAGUUAAAUUAUAUCAGUUCUUAUUUGAAGCAUUAAAAACAGUACCAAAGAUUUCUAGUCCAUUAAAUAUGAAACAUUGUAAUGAUGAAUUAAUUGGAGUAUUUAAUUCAUUAGUAUUAAAACUAUCAGACGAUACAUUUAAACCAUUCUUCUUGAAAUGUGCAGAAGGAUUUAAUGAAGUAGUUGGAACAAGUGAAAUACCUUCGAUUUACAUCUACACAAAAAUUAUCUUAUCAUUCUCAAAAACAUUAAAAUCUCUAUUUGUCCCUUAUUAUGCUUUUGUUCUUAAAAGUAUAUUAACUAUUUUAAAUCAACUACCUUUAAGUCUUGCAAAUGCUCUUGUUCCAGAAAGAUCAACAUUAGGUAAACGUUCAGCAAAUAACAUUAAAAAAGGAGAUAAUGCUAUUGUACUAUUAGACUCUAUUUAUUUAAAUAUUGAAUUAUUACAAACAUUAUUCCAAAAUGAUAAUUCUAACUUUGUUGAUUCUCAAAAGGUUGAGCAAUUAUUACCAACAGUUAAUUUGAUUGAUUUAAUGCAUAAUUGUUAUAAAGAAGAAGAUGAUUACUUUGAUUUUAUUACUAAAAGAUUAUCACCUUGUUUAUGCCAAUUUGCAUUAUGCGUUCCUAACCAAGUCUGUUGGAAGCCUUUAAAUCAUCAGUUAUUAAUUCAGACUCAACACACAGACUCAAUUGUCCGUUUAGCAGCAUUACAUUGUAUGAUUCAUUUGUGGGAUACUAUUGCUGCUGAUAUUGUUUACUUACUUCCAGAAACUCUUCCAUACCUUACAGAUCUUAUGGAAGAUACCAAUCAAGAAGUUGUUGAAGCAGCAAAAGAAUUUGCUCAAAUAGUUCAAAAGCACUUGGGAGCUGAUUCUUUACAGAAGUAUUUGAAUUAA